AUGGCUUUCCUUUGUGCUAUCUCAAGACUUUUUAUGCUCUCUUUUUUCACCUUUGUGUUCCCUCUUCUUGUAACCCCUGCUCUCUCCGCCUUCUCCCGGAUCCCGCUGCCACCAGGAGUCACCGGUCCAGAGGCUCUAGCCUUUGAGCCAACAGGAACAUUCUAUACUGGAGUUACUGAUGGUAGAAUUCUCAAAUUUGAAAGAUAUCAAGGAUUUUCGGAUUUCGCUAUCAUUUCACCAAACAGGUCCAAGGCAGUUUGUGAUGGUGUCGCUGAACCUCAACGAGUCUGUGGAAGGCCGAUGGGUUUAGGUUUCAAUGAUUUGACAAAGACACUCUACGUUGCCGAUGCUUACUAUGGUUUGUUGUCUAUAGGACCUGGAGAAAGACUUGCUACACCAAUUGCCUCCUCUGCAGAUGGCCAAGCAUUCGUCUUUUGCAAUGGCGUGGACGUCGAUCAACGAACUGGAAUAGUAUAUUUUACAGAUGCCAGUGCUGUCAAUGAUAUAAGAUAUUUCGAACAAGGAGCACUCGCCAAUGACUCAACGGGCCGGUUAUUGAAAUAUGACCCCAGAACUAACCAAGUAACUACCUUGCUGAGAAAUCUUUCAGGAGCUGGAGGGGUAGCUGUAAGUGAAGACAGUUUGUUUGUCCUUGUGUCUGAGUUUAUUGCCAACAGGACUCAAAAGUUUUGGCUCACUGGUCCUAAAGCUAAUACAGCAGAAAUUGUCAUAAGACAUGUAAGGCCGGGUAACAUCAAGAGGACCUUAAGCGGAGAUUUUUGGAUAGCAGCAAUGAUGCUUAAACAACCCACACAAACUCUGGUGCCAAUAAGGCAAUUGGUCAGUGAAACCGGGACCCUCUUGCAAACAGUGUCUCUUGAGGCACAGUAUGGCAAUACUACUGUCACUCAAGUUCAAGAUUUUGAUGGGGGACUGUAUUUCGGUUCUGUGCUUGCGAAUUUCAUCGGUGUUUCGACACCUUAAGAUGGGUCUUCGAUUUGAAUAAAUGGUGUAGGAAUGCCUCCACUCUGUGUUGUUUCUACUCUUAACACUGUUUUUGCUUAUCUAUAGGCAGAAAAGUGUCAAUAAAAUUUGGCCUGUUUAGGGACUCAUUAGCGAGGCCUUGUUUCAUAUGUUAUCCUGAUAUUUUCAUUGUAAUAAAUCAUAACAGCAAUGAGAUCUCAAGCAAGAAGAAAUUUAAGAAA